UUACUACCAUCUCUGCACUCACUCACUCAGGCGCACACACUCAGUCACAACAGAAAGUUUGGAGUCCAGGCGAGAUCUGGUGGAAUACGGACGGAUAGGAAGUGCAUGAAUUAAAUGAGGAAGGGAAGGCAGAAGUAGAGGAAUAUCAACCAAGCGCAGAACGAGAAGCGACGUGGGAACUUCGGAGAAUAUGUGGAGGGGAAACUGAAAUGCGCAUGAGCUAAUCAACAACGCCGGAGCGAGAGACUUUCAAUGGAAGUGAACUACUGAAGCUCCCAGCGGAGUCAAAAGCUCAGAUUUUAGCCUAGGGAGACUGUUGUAUCGUUCUGUAAACGUGCUCGUAAAUCUGUAAAGUGCUGGCACACAGCAGACGACAUGAACACUCUGAAUAUGGAGGAACAGACUUUACGCAAACUCCAAGAAAACAGUUAGGGGAUAUGAGCGCUGAUCUUUGGAUUUCGCCUCGAUUUUUUCCUCUCUCGGGUUCAGUUUUGCUUCUUUGGGGAUGUUUGCGAGUUGCAUCUGUGCGGCUUCAGUUCGGAUACUGACCCGUCUCUGCGCCCUGGUACUGGUGGUCGCUGUGGGAUUCGGGUCGGAGCUGCGGGUCCGGGUCCGGCUCUCGGACGGACUGGUGACCGAUGAGGUGUUGGAGGCGGACAGUGAGAGAGACUCCAUAUCACUCGAGUUCAAACAAGGAGAUGGGACGCUCAUCACUUUUGUGGCGGACUUCAAGCAGGAUGUGAAAAUAUUCCGAGCGCUGAUCCUUGGAGAGCUGGAGAGAGGGCAGAACCAGUACCAGGCCCUGUGCUUCAUCUCUCGCCUAAGCCGCAAUGAGAUCAUACCCAGCGAGUCCAUGGCUCGUCUAAGACAGAAAAACCCUCAGGCCAUUCGCUUGGCAGAGGAGCGGCGAGGUCUGGAACAGCUGUCGAUGAGCGCAGCGGUCAAUCUAAGCCGGGCCUGGCAACUCAGCUCCCAUAUCCACAACAUGUGCAGCGAGGCCCGGGAGGCCAUCUACACCAGAGAGGCUGAUGUUAAACACUGGCUGGACAAAGGAGUGGAUGGCUCCAUGUUCGAAACCCUGCCCCACACAACAGAGGUGCCCAGCUUUCAGGCUUGUCAUUCUACUAAAGACUUGUGGCAACCGUGUCUCUGCACAUACAGCCUGCGUCUGGAGUGGUACCCGUGUCAGUUAAAGUACUGCCGCAGCAGGGACACAACAGGAAAAGGCUCGAACUACAAGUGUGGCAUAAAGAGCUGCAGCAAGGGCUACCAUUUCACCUACUAUGUCCCCCAAAAACAGCUCUGUCUAUGGGACGAGGAGACCUAACAUUUUGUUUUUAACUCUUCUAAAAGGAACAUUAGUUUUGUUUCCCCCUCAAGCAAAGCCAAUGCUUCCCAACCCAUGCUAUUUAAAGACAACACAGUAACACUGGACCUCAGUUUAUAUGAUAUUAAGUGAAGCUGUCUUAAAUGGGGAGUGAGGAGAACAUGAUGUCCAAGCUGAGACAAAAAAAGAAUUCAGGUUCAAAAUGAGACCAAAUCCUUUAAAGGAGGAGAGGUACAGCUCAUUGUUCUAAGAGGACCCACUUACUCUGAGCCUCUUUUGGGAAAUUGACAUAUCAUUGUCAACUAUGACGGGACUUUGCCUAGAAGCUGUCACUUUUGUGCCUUUUUUUUCAGGGGUGGGGGGAUUUGUGAAGCAGAUGAUUGAUGCCAUCGACGCAAACCUGUCAAACAAGCUACAAUGUGCACAAAUCUGGAUAGUGCAUUUCUGCUUAUGCAAACACCAGCAGGGGAACAACAAAAUGUGCUUCUGAUCAAAGGAGCCGUACAAAUGGUCGCCCAUUCUGGUGAAGGAUUAUUUGGAUGGUGGAUUUCUCUCUUUUAAAAAAGCUCCGUGAUAAACGGUUUGUAGUCAGCUAAAUGCCAUGUUUGUUCAGCAGCAAAAGCUGGCCAACAAAGACAAUUCUUCCCCAAUGCUGGCUUUAUUUAUUUUAAUUGCAAAGUGAAAUUAUGGAGGACUAUUUUUUUAUCUUUUUUUUUUUUUUUUUAGAAAUAACUCAUCUUAUCUUUUUUUGUGUUAAACAAGCUCUCAAAGUCACAUAAUCUACAAGUCCUCAGUAGCAGGAGUUCUUUGGAUGUUGUUUCCAGGCUCAUCUGCACACCAUGCUAGUUGAUUGGCAGUUUUAAUAUCUUAUUUCAUAGGACAAUUUAAGUAAGGUCUCCUUUUUAAAAGCCAUGAGUGGAGUCCUCGUGUCUGUCAAUCACAUUCUGAGUCAGUUAAGUGUCAAGUAAACCAAAGUCAAAGGAAAUACUGUUGAAGGAAGGUUGUAAUGUCUCACCAUCCUGUUUAUCCAUGUUUGAGUUCAAUAAACUGCAGCGUAGCCUUUUAAAUGAUCUCUACUGCCAUCUGCUGCUCAAACAGGGUUUCUCAUAUCUGUUGAAUCCAGAAGCCAGAAUUAAUAUAAUUUGGUUUCAUGCCAAAAGCUAAGUGUUAUUAAUUUAAACAUCUUAUAUCCCUAAUUGUUUUGUCAUGCUUUUGCGCUUCUUGAUCUUUUGGGACCAAAUUUCAGUUUGUGUGUCUGUUCUGUGUGGUUGAAGUAUAAUUUUGGUCUGUCAUACCUCCAUCUUCAUCUCAGUCUUAACUGCCAUAUACUGUUCAUUUUGUUUAUGUUCUGUGAUUGUUUGUCCUGCCUACUAAAGAACCAAAUGAGUGAAA